CCUCUCCCGACUCAAAUUUUAUCUCUCAUUUACUUUUCUCUUCGCAAUUAAUCAACCCAACCCCGUCUAAAUUCUUACAUCUUUUAUUUUUGAUUUUCUUUCUCCCCGGCGACAAUUACAUCUUCAUCCAUCAUCCGUCGCGUCUCUCGCGUAUCACUUCCAUUAUCCUAAACAAUGGACCGCCCAGUUAAGGCCGAAUUCGAUAAAGACGCCGGCCAUGGCGAUCUUCACAUGGCAGACACCAGGCCAUCAUACAAAUCAUGGAAGAAGAAGUACCGGAAGAUGCGCAUAAAAUUUGACCAUCAGAUGCAAGAGAUAGAGACUCUGCAUAAAUUGGAACAAAAGGCUAUGCGAACUGCUAAACGUCUCGCAAUCGAGAACGAUCGCCUACUAGACUUAUUAGUAGACAUCAACGAGUCGCCUCAGAUCCCAUUUGAGCGACGCAUAGAUCUCAAUUUAGAAGACGAAGAGGAUGAUACCGAUUCCGAUACCACCCAAAAACCUUCAAAAUCUCUAAAGCGCCUAGAAGAAGAAGUUCCGCAUAGAUCAUUUGCUGCCACUGUAGAGCAAUAUCCAGAGAUUUUGGAAGACUUAGAACCUCGAGAUCCCCAGAUACAUCCUACUUCUUUUCUUACUGCCGAUGACAUCGACGAGUAUCUUUACGAGCUCGACACACGGUUGGGCCUAAAGCCAAAGCCUACUCUCGCGCCCAGCGCUAUUGGCAAAGAGAUUCCGAACCCGGCGGCCAAUUUCGCGCUGCGCAAUCCUACGAGUGUUUACAACUGGCUACGAAGACAUGCACCUAAGACGUUCCUCCAGGAUCUCGAGAAGGAGAAAGAGAAGGAUAAAGGCAAAGAUAAGGACGACCACCAUGAUAAGGACGAUGACGGUCGGAAGCGUAAGGGCGGCGGAUCUGCGCGUAAUAAGAGGCAAUCGGGUGUCAGUCGCAAGGAGAAAGAGAAAGAAGCUGCCGAGUCCAUGGACUGGGAUGACGACGCGGGUUACGAUGCGCCGGCGAAAGGGAAGAGGAAGCGGGACGACGAUGGCGGUUAUCGACCAAAGGGUGGAUCGAGCCGACCUACGAAGAAGCGUAAGAGCAAAGACUUUGGUUCUGUUCCGACUAAGGGUUCGCGGAAAUCAGCCGCUUAAAUUCUUAUACUAGCUCUUGCAUGUUAUCGAGGGUUUACGAGUGCUCUUCUGCGGUGUAUUUUUAAUGUGUAGUUGCCAGCCACGGGUGCAGGGUUCAGGGUUCAGAGGCAAUCAAAAAGUACCUACGUUUAUCGAGGUUAGUCUGGCAUGGAAUUGGUAUUAGAAAGGGUAUAUAAUACAGUUUGUGCUUUCUGUUCCGAACUCAUCGUUGUUUACGGAUUAUCUGGAUUCAUACUGGAGGUAUCUAGGCAAUACCUUAGGGAGCUAACCUAGGUAUAUUAAUAAAUCCAGUUGCGUGUAUGUACCUAAU